CGUUAACCCUAAUCCCUCUCUCCCUGUCUCUCUCUCUCCCCCUCUAUCUUUCUCUCUCUUCUGCAACUUCUCCAACGAGGAAGAGAAGAGGGGAAAAAACGAAUUUCGCAAAAAAAAAAAAAAUCAAAAAAAGAAGAGAAAAUCCACCAAUGGGAAAGCUUAUAUGUGAUUCGACGACGUCUUCACCGGUGAUUCCAUGGAGAGACCCGACAUCAGCUCCGUCUCGCGAAACGAUCGACACCACCGUCGAUCUAGCUGACCAGGCGUUGACGACCACCUGGGACAACGUUUCCGGUUUAGAAGACCAACAAAGAAGACAUUUAACGAGACUCCACGCGAAGGGUGUGAUGUGGAAACACCCAGAGGAUCAAAACGCAUCAGUGGUGUUUAAGCUGAGUCACGGUGGAGAUGUAGAGGCUGACGGUAACUGCCUUUUCACGGCUUCUAAGAAGGCCAUGCGAUCCACAAUCGACGCCCAAGAUCUACGGCGACGAACGGUACGGAGAUUUCUGGAAGAUCUUGUAUCUGUGAGUGGGCUGGAGAGACGAGAGAUUGAGAAGGCAAUAAAACACAUGUACUCGCCUGAUCUCAAGUCUGGAUGGGGGAUACAUGUGGUUCAGGAGGUCAAGUUGUUAGCCAAGAAGGAAGAUCGUGAGGGCUUAGAUUCGGCCACUGACGAGCUUGUUCAUCUUGGGAUGCAGAGAGAAUUGGCCGCGGAGUCAAUUUAUAAAGAGAGAUGCAUUGCUGUGGAUGAUGGCCCGAGUUGGGCGAAGUACAUGUCAAUCUCUGGUUCUCCUGAUGAUGAAUAUGAUAUCAUCACUUUGCAAUAUACCAAGGAGGGUUUAUUAACUGUAGACGAGAAUAGAGAAGGUCAUGCUGCUGCUUUUGGCGAUGACAUAGCAAUAGAGUGUCUUGCAACGGAGUUCAAAAGACAAAUAUUUGUGGUGCAAGCACACGGAUCGGAUGCGAUGGUAGAUGAAGAAAAUUGUGUUUUCUUCCUCCCACAUAGUCCAAGGAGCCAAAUAUGUGGAUCUCCCUUCUUUCUAUUCAUGAAAGGGACAGGUUGGUGUGGUGCUGGUGCUGAUCAUUAUGAGCCCCUUAUUGCUCAAACUUCAUCACUUAUUUCCCAGGAGAAGGUGGCUAUUACUUGGUCAUUUCCGAGCCUGAAAGGCAGGUUCUUGUGCCUGUAUUACCUGAGGAAUCCCGUAGUGUGCUGUUUUGUAGUGAUUUUUCCGGCUUCUGUUUGUGUUUCUGUUUCUGUUUUCUUGAGAGUAGUGUUGUACUGUUCUGUUCAAGCUGGAAUAUACCUUUCUGUUGUAUCUGAUGCUGGAUUUCAUUAA